AUGUUGGAAGUGCGGGGCGAAGGGGCACUUCCGCUCGAAGUGCCCAGAAUUGAGCGGGGGAAACUGAAUUUUGCCGAGCUGCGCGGGGCCGACUCGGCGGGCGCGACUUGGGCCCCGAUUUGCGUUAGACAGAUUGUUGCAGGAAAUUGUAAUGUCAUCCAGCAUAAAAUUGAGCUAACGGACUCUAGACCCAUAAAACAAACUCCUCGACGUAUACCAUUGCAUUUGAGAGCAGAAGUGGACAAAAUUAUUGAGGGCAUGAAAGAGCAAGGAGUAAUCGAGGAGUCUCAGAGUCCUUGGGUAUCACCUGCAGUGAUGGUAAAAAAGAAGGAUGGUACGAUUCGCUUCUGUGUGGAUUAUAGGAAAUUAAAUGAUGUCACGGUGAAAGAUUCCUAUCCGCUACCGAGAAUUGACGAUAUUUUGGAUCAGCUGGCGGGUAAUACAUGGUUCACCACGCUUGACCUUAAAAGCGGGUAUUGGCAGGUAAGCCUUGCUUCAAAGGAUAAGGAAAAGACCGCCUUUUCUAUUGGUAGGGGUUUGUGGCAGUUCACGGUAAUGCCGUUCGGUUUAUAUAAUGCUCCCGCGACGUUCGAACGUUUGAUGGAAAAAGUACUGCAUGGGUUACUUAUGAGAGUUUGUUUCGUGUAUCUCGACGAUGUGAUUAUUUAUGGGAAGACUUUCGAGGAAAUGUUAGAAAAUUUGAGGAAAGUUUUUCAAAGAAUUCGCGCCGCGAAUUUGAAAGUCAAUCCGAAGAAGUGCGCUUUUCUUAGGAGGGAGGUAAAAUACCUCGGUCAUGUCGCAUCGGCUCAAGGAAUUGUCACAGACCCGGAAAAGAUUUCAGCGGUUGUCACUUGGCCGCCUCCGAGAACAAGGAAGCAGGUACAAGACGGAGCUGAGAGAGUAAUUGCUUAUUUUAGUCGCGUUUUUAGUAAGACUGAAAGGAAUUACUGCAUCACCCGGCGGGAACUUUUGGCAGUAGUGGAUGCGGUGAAAUCAUUCCAUCACUAUCUAUAUGGACGAAGGAGCGGGAAGGCUCAUACGAAUGCGGACAGGCUCUCGAGGCGGCCAUAUGAAGAGGCGGCUUGCCGCUAUUGUGAGAAAGUGGAAAGUCGAGAAAGGAGCAAUAGAGACAGGAAUAUAGGUCGUAUUGUGUUUUCGGAGGACAGUCGAUCGGAAUGGCGAACGGACCAAUUGCGUGACUCGAUUAUCUCCAUGUUCGUGCGAGCCAAGGAGAUCGACCAGCGUCCUAGUUGGCAGGAGAUUGCUCCGAAUGAGGACGCAGCAAAAAUUUAUUGGUCACAUUGGGACGCCUUAAUUCUCGAGGGUGGAGUUCUCUACAAAAGAUGGGUGUCCUCAAAUCCGGAGGGUAGUAAGCUACAAAUCAUCGUUCCGCGUGGAAGGAUUGCGGAGAUCUUAGAGGAGGCUCAUGAUUCUCCGACGGGAGGGCAUUUUGGCGUCAACAAGACCUUGGCGAAGAUUCGACAACGAUACUAUUGGGCUACUUGUAAAUCGGAUGUAGAAGACUGGUGUGCUUCUUGA